ACUUUACAAAAUCAUUUUUCAAAUCACUUGCUAAGGAUCAUGGCGGUGGCAGUAAAAUGGGUGAUAUCAAACAGAACUAUCUGGAAGCAUUUACUUCCAAUCCAAAAUGGAGCUUUGUCUAGUGCUUGUCUCGAAUCUACAUACUCUUCUCUUCCAGAUGACUACAAUUGCAAGGUGGACCUCACCUUGACAGCCGACAGCAGGACAAUAGUGUGCUACCACCCUUCUGUGGACAUCCCCUAGGAACACACCAAACCCAUCCCUCAACCAGAUCUUCUGCAUAAUAAUGAGGAAACCCACAAGCAGAUCCUGAAAGCCAAGUUAGAAGUUAGAAAGUGAAAGCAGCUGGAGCAAGGGCCCAUGAUA